GUUUCUCGGAACUUCGCACUCUAAUUCUGCUCAGCCAGCUACGAAUCUCAGCCGCCGGCGGCCGGAGAAGACUCCGCCGGAGAAUUCUCUAUCCGGCAGUACCGGUUUCCCAGCUCGCCGCGGAGAAUCGCUGUUGUGAUUGAAGAGUUUGUGAUCAUUAUGGAGAGAAGUGAUUGUAAUAUGGAGGAGGAGGAGGAGAAUCAACAAAGUAGCAAAGCUGAUCAUGUCGUUGUGCAGAAGCGGAUGGAGUCUCCCAUUAAGAUUAACUCGAUAUAUAUAGAGCUCGGUGCUCCUAAGGAGGAUAAUAGUACUGCAGAAAAGUGCCACCAUUUCUCGAUCCGUGGUUAUGUAUCUGAAGUCCGAGAGAAAGACAUCAGCAAGUGUUGGCCAUUUGAUUCACCAGUUCAAGCCAAUACUGCAGAUUGUGAGGAUGAUCAUCGUCAAGUGCUUCCUCCUUUAGAUGAACGGCUAUUUAGAUACUGGCGCUGUGAGUACUGCUCGCAGAAAAUUGGGCCUGUUAAGAACAUACAGCAUUCUGCAGUUCUUCUUAAGCCUUGUAGUUCUGGGAAAAGAACUAGCAGUUCUCCCCUACCAACAACAGUAGUUGCUGCUCCAAUGCUAAUGUUGAAGCAGAAACCCUCAGGAUUAGAUGAUGUGGAAGGAUUAAGUAAAGAUGAUCUUUUGAGUACUACUGAUAAGAGUGAGAAUAAGUUAACGAAUGCCCCGGGGACAUCGAUUUCAGGAGAAACUGUUCGGUUAAAGCAUCAUCUGAAUGGAGAUACAGUUGUAACUGAAAUCUGUCCGAGCAAUAUGCGGAUUAACUCUAGUAAGUGCCUUGAUUUGUUUACUUUUGGACUUUGUAUUCUGGCUGUAGAUUAUGUGGUCAUUGCUGUGAAAUUGGUUUUCUUUGUGAUCGGUUCAAUUAAUCUGUUUGACUCACUUAAAGCAGGCUGUGUAGAUCAUGAGGUGGCAGCUGAUGAUCCCAGUAGGAACCUCGAUUCCAUGGUGAUCAAGGACUCGGUCGAAACUUUUGAAACAGGAAAGGGAAACUCCAGGCAUGAUAAACACACAAGCUUGACAGUUCGUUUAAAAUAUGUGGCUUCUGGUCAUGUUUCUGAUUCAUGUACUAGAGGGAAAGGUGACAAUGCUAGUGCACAAGAUACCAUGGAAGCAGGUUAUGGCUCAUCCGAAGAUGCUGAGAAGACUGGGGUCAAGAAUGAUCAUGAUCCUCAGUCUUCUCAUCGUGAUCAUUCAAGUGGUCCUCGUCGUAGAAAAACUCGAAAGAUCCGAUUACUGACUGAUUUGUUGUGCGAGAAGGGAGUACAUGAAAGUGCUGAUUCCCUCAAGGCUGCAGAUUCUCUUCCCUCCUUAAAUGUUGUUCCUUAUGCGCCUGCAGAAGUUGAUGAUAAACCUCCUGGUUCCCCGGAUGAUCAAGUGGAAAUUGAAGGAAUUGGUUCUGCCAAAAGGACUUUGAUUCCAUACAAGAAGCGGAAAUUUCCUCGGGAUGAUCAGUGGAGUACCCCUGAGUCGAAUCCUUCUUCCAGUAAGGUGAGCAGAGCCAGAAUUCUGAAGAAAGCUGUUGAUCAUAUUCCCAAGAAGAAGAAGGCUUUGACUUCUGACUCAGUCGUAGAUGUGCAAGACAAAAUGGUUAUAGAAAGUAGUAUAAAAGGCAAUUCUAGCAAAGUUAGAGGCACAAAUAGUGCUAUCAUGAGUAAGAAGGUUUCCAACAAAGAGGCUAGUUUCAAUUCUGCAUUAGUUGCAGAUGUGAGAAACAAAGUGGUUCAACAAAGUAGUACAAAAAGCAACUCUAGCAAAUCAAGAGUUGAAAACAGUGGAGCUGUGGGCAAGCAGAAAGAUAAAAGUGUUGUAGUUCCUGAUGAUGACAGUCUGUCCUUGGCGCCACCAUCUCGUGAAAGUUUUCCGACAGUAACUGAGAUUAGUAUCGGAGAUAAUGCUUGUGGUGUGGCGGAUGCCACUGGUCAUGCUGCACCAAAGCCUGUGGAGAAUCUAAAUGCGGGUAGAGAGAUAGAUCUUUUCCCUCUCCGUGCUCAAUAUGUUGAUGGAAAAUCUAGUUCUGUUAAGAAUAAGCAAGGCAAGCCGGGUCUAUUUGGUGAAAAUCUCAGCAUGCUUCGAGAGGGUCUAGUAGUGCGGGAAUCUGAGAGUACUAUGCAAACUAGGCCUGUGCAUGAUCAAGCUAACCAAGAUUUUUCCAGUGAAAGAGGGCUUAAUCUUUCUCUUGACAUUUACACAGCCAGACAUCAACCCGAAAGGACGUAUAAUAGUGUCCAUGACAGGCAGAGCUUUUUGUUCGGCGAGCAUAUCAGAAUGACCUCCAACGAACAGGUCACGAGGAAAGAUGAACAGACACAAUAUGUUGGGAUGUUUUCUUCGAGUCAUGGAUCUCCAAUGCAUCCACCUUUUGGUGGAAUACAAAGUGACGUGAGAAGGAAGCAACCCAUGCAUUCUUUCCUUGGUGCGGCACAUAACUAUAGCUCCCAAGUCGAGAUGGGAGGUUUCCAUAUGCAGAGAAAGGACGUUGCCAGUACAAGCUCAAAUGAGAAGUCCAUUGGAAUUCAGGCGCAUGCUUCUGGCAAAAGAAGGGAUAUUGACUUGAGAGCUGGUAGUAGAGCAUCUGAAGCUCCCGCUUCAGACGAUAUCCCUAUGGAAAUUGUUGAACUCAUGGCAAAGAAUCAGUACGAGAGGUGUCUUCCUGAUGCUCAAGCCGACAGCAGCAGGGGUCAUCAGACAUUGGAUUUUGGCAAUAGACAUGUCGUGGACACACACCGGUUUUAUCACGAGGCUCUCAGAGAAAAGCUAUUGGCUCAAAAUGGAAGAAAUGGAAUGAUUCAGUGGAGCGAGAAUUCAAGACCACCCGCCAAACAGAAGUCUGUUGCUCAGCUUCCUGAUCAAUCCCAAUUCUUCAUAAACCAAGCAGAGCAAAGUUGCCCCCCACCCUUGGGCUACGCAGAAUUCCUACAGCGCCAGUAUCCAUCAGGCACACCCCAAAAUGCUGCCUCUUCCACUGGGAGGCAAAUUGGUGGUCAACAUUUGCAAUGGUUACGCAACCUUUCGACCAAGGGGCCUCCAGUUCAGAGUAGUUCCCACCACACGACAGGUUCAUGGAGUGAAGAAGCAAAUCACUCGCGGCGAACUAUGGCACCGAGUCAUAACUUGCCUUUCAUGUUUAAUGACCCCAAGUUGCUGAAUCAGAAUGCUACAAGCUUUCGGAGACAAGGUAGUAACAGCUAUGGUUCUGAAACACCAAGGAGGGGAUCACAUUUGGAGAAUCCACCUGCUCGUAGGAGUAACACCAACAUGAUAGAGCUUAAUCAGAAGCCUGCAGGGAACGCUGACAUAUAUUCAAACGAGACAAUUUCAGCUAUGCAUUUACUCAGCCUCAUGGAUGCAGGACUGGGAUCCAAUGGACAAGUGAAUCAAGAAAGCCCGUCUACCACUCGUGAUGGGCAUCAUUCAGUGAUGAGAACUCUUCCAUAUGAUCAUGGCAGUGAAAACAAAUUCACAAGGGGUUUCCAGCAACAUGGUCCAGCAAAUUCCCAGAGAAUCGGAUCUUCUGCUUCGUUUCAACUCGAUAGUAGAGGUUUCAAGAAGGCUAUCGAUUUCAGCAGCCAAGUUUCUCAAGAGACUAGGAGGAGACAAGAAGACAUGGAUUCACUUGCAGAGAACAGGCGUGGUGGUAUCCCUCAGCUUUCCGGGUCUAGUCCAGUUCAUAUUCGAAAGAAGAUUCUUGGUUCUUCAGAUUCUUCUUCUAGGCUUCCCUUCCAAAUGCAAGAAGCAUCAAAGUUCUCCUCAUCAAUAGAAUACAGAUUAGAGGCGGGUUCUAAGACUAACACAACUGGUCAUCCCCAGAAACACACACUGGAGCUUCAAGAAACCUGCAGAAUAAACCGGAACCCUGCUGAUUUUAGCUACCCAGGGCCUGGAAACCCUUACAUGAUAGGUCCAAAAGAUCUGAAAUUCCUGGAUGCAGAUGGAGGUGAGCAAAAGCGGCAGAAGAAGCUUGCUGCAAUAAGAGGACGUGGGAAACAUCAUCUGAACCCGUAGUCAGGUUCCUGAUAUUUUGAUGCUGAAAGUUGAAAGCUUUGCACCUUUUGGCCACCUUUAGCAAAAUAAAGUGCAAGGUACAUGAGAGGAUUGUGCAAGAAGUGCAAUUAAACGAACUGGAACAACGAAGCGCCAUAUUGGUUUUUUGCGCUCUCGAGGGUUCUUUCUAUAUUAAAGGUAACCAUCAUCCGCUGGGGGUGGAAGUCUCAAAACAAUUUGUAUAUACCAUCUCCAUCCCCACAAAGCAAAGACAUAGUUUUUGGAGUUUCUCGGAGACCUGAUGAGAUUCUAUUACGACUGUGGCGUGUGUGUGUGUGUGUGUUUGUUCGAGAACUGUAGUACCCUGUGAGGGUUCUGGUUGAAAGAACCUCACUUUCCCUCGUAUCCGGGGAAAAUGUGGCCGCAAUGAUGGUUUUGUGCUCACUCUCUCAAUUCCACCUGAGCAGGAAACAGAGAAGAGGACAAUGUUAUGUUUUGAUGUUGAAGAACAUUUAGAAGCUGACUUUGUUUAUGGAGCCAGCCAUACAGAACACAGCUGUAGAAUUUUGUCUUGAUGUUGUUGUUGUUGAUUACGUAGUUGUAGUAGUAACAGCAGCAAUAGUAUGUGAUUAUUAUGCUGUCACAAAGGGGAAUAAGCUUUGCAGGAGUACUCUUACUUUUAGCUAGCUAGCUGCUGGAAAAGCUUGUUAAGGAUCAGGCUAAUGAUCUGAAUGAAUGUUUGAUUCAUCAUAGUGAAACCUUUUUUUCUAUCAGU